AUGUCAGACCAAAAACCUCAAGAUGACGCCAAGGACGUAGGCGCUCCUCUGGACGCCACGGCUUCCUACGCCCAGGAAAAGCCUGAAGUUGUCCCUGAGCUCUCCAACGUUGCAGCUCUUGGUCUUCCCAAUGCUGCAGAGCUCGAGAAGAAGAUCGUUCGCGCUCUAGACACUUGGAUGCUGCCCCAGCUAUGGAUUCUGUACAUGUUCAACUAUCUCAACCGUACCAACAUUGCGCAGGCGCGUCUCAACACGUUUAAUCAGGAUCUCAACCUCAAGGAUGGAGAUUAUCAGACUGCUGUGGCGGUUUUGACUGUUGGCUACAUGCUUGCGCAGUUGCCCUCGAACAUGUUGAUCACCCGAGUGAGGCCGUCGAUUUAUCUGCCUGUUGCUGCUUUUAUCUGGUCUGCUAUCUCGGCUAUGACUGCGCUUUGCACGAGUGCUGGAGGUCUCUGGGGUGUGCAGUUUAUUCUGGGUAUCGUCGAGGCUCCUCUCUUCCCUGGUGCUGUCUUCCUCAUGUCCUGCUGGUACACCCGUCGUGAAUUCGCUCUCCGUGUCGCCCUUCUAUACUCCGGUCUGGUGCUCGCCCAGGCCUUCUCCGGCCUGAUCGCCGCUGGUGUCUUCAGUGGUCUUGAUGGUCCUAUGGGUCUUGCAGGCUGGCAAUGGCUUUUCAUCCUCGAAGGUGCUCUGAGUGCCUUCUUUGCCAUCACUGCUUACUUCACUCUGCCCAACUACCCUGACUCCCUUCACGGUGGAGCUAUGCGCUACAUGACUGAGGAUAUGCGCAAGGUCGCUGCUGCACGAAUUCUUGAUGACCGUGUCGAAAUUCAUGAGAAGUCGACUGUCUGGGUUGGUCUCAAGCUUGCUGUCGUCGAUGUCAAGCUGUACAUGUUCUUGUUUAUGAACAUCUUCAUCACCUCAUCCUACGGCUUCAACAACUUCUUCCCCACCAUCGUUAGCGGACUCGGCUUCGGUAACGAUGUUACAUCCCUCCUCAUGACCGCCCCUCCUUACGUCUUCGGUACACUCUGCACUUUCUACGUCUCUUGGGACUCUGACCGUCGUCGCGAACGAGGUCUCCACAUCGUCAUUCCCCUCUCAUGCUCCGUUGUCGGUUUCAUCGUAACCGUCGCAACCGGCAACGCAGCCGUCCGCUACGCUAUGACCUUCCUCUACGCUGCAGGUUGCUUCUCCGCCAACACUCUCCAAUACACAUGGGCUGUGUCUACCAUGAGUCAGACACCCGAGAAGCGUGCUGCAGCUGGUGCCAUCGUCAACAUCUUUGGUCACUUGGGUAAUGUCAUCUCACCUUACUUCUUCCCUGACAAGGAUCAACCCCGAUAUACCAUGGCUAUGAUCCUGCAGAUUGUAUUCGCCGGUCUUGGUAUUACUCUUGCGUCUACCAUUAAGUGGUUCUUGACAAGGAAGAACAAGAAGAUUAGGUCUGAGGCUGAUCGUCUUGGUGUCGACUACAACCCUUUCACUACUUAG